AUGGCGAUCCAGUCUCUCCGGGAACUCAACGCCUACAACCUCCGCACUUUUCGGCGCCACUAUGUCGCUGAGAUCUCAGGUUCGCUCGGUGACCUGGGCACCUUCCUCCCCAUCGCUAUCGCAUUGGCCAUCAACGGCACCGUCUCCCUCACUAGCACCCUGAUAUUCUCUGGGAUCUUCAACAUUCUCACCGGUGUAUUCUUCGGAAUUCCACUACCAGUCCAGCCCAUGAAAGCCAUCGCCGCUGUCGCGAUCGCCCGUUCAUUCUCAAACGGCACCAUUGCUGCUGCGGGGAUCUUCGUGGGCGCAUGUAUUCUGGUUUUCAGCCUGACUGGCAUCCUACGAUGGCUCUCGAACGCCAUCCCCAUCCCCGUUGUAAAGGGUAUUCAAGUCGGCGCGGGAUUAUCCUUGAUAAUCGCGGCCUCCAGCAGCGUGCUUCAACCCCUGGGCUGGGUCAGCCCCUCUUGGGCGGAUAAUCGCCUCUGGGGAAUCGCCGCCUUCGUCGCCCUCUUGGUCAGUAAUGUUUACCGACGCGUACCGUAUGCGCUGGCUGUCUUGGUUCUGGGCCUGGUAUUUGCUGUCAUUCGGACGAGCUUGGCGGGGCAUAUGCCUGGUUUUGCGGUGUGGCAUCCCUUUGUUGUGAUUCCGUUGCCGCAUGAGUGGAAGAUUGGGGCUAUUGAUGCUGGUAUUGGGCAGAUUCCACUCACGACGCUCAACUCCAUUGUUGCUGUGGUUCAUUUGGCGAAUGAUCUGCUGCCCAACGUGCACGGCCCGUCUAUCACACAGGUCGGGUUGAGUGUCGCCGGGAUGAACUUGCUCGGCUGCUGGUUUGGCGCGAUGCCUGUUUGUCAUGGCUCUGGAGGGCUGGCGGCCCAGUACCGUUUUGGCGCUCGGUCGGGGUCCAGUGUGAUCUUCCUUGGUGUGUUGAAGUUGGUCAUUGGGCUGUUGUUUGGUGAGACAUUGGUGGAUCUCUUGUAUCGAUUCCCGGCAGCUUUCCUCGGUGUCAUGGUGAUUGCUGCUGGGGUGGAGCUCUUGGGUGUUGGUGAGAGUCUCAACACUACUGGUGCUCGGGAUCUCAACCAGGCCGGUGUCGGUCUGCUGGCCAACGCCCAGCAACACCUGGGUCCUGUUCUCACUGACGAGGAACGAAACCGCCGGUGGACUGUGAUGAUGGUGACUGUGGGGCUGUUGGUUGGGUUUAAGAAUGACGCGAUUGGCUUCCUUGCUGGUAUGCUUUGCCACUGGUUUUACGAGAUUCCGGGGUGGUUGGAGAAGGGACGUUCCCGCUGGUCGGAGGGACGUCUACGUCUGGACAACUAA